AUGACUGGAUCUGGGACCACAUUUUCAAAAGGUAUGGAAAGAUAUUAUAAAAGAAUUGAUCCAAAUUUAUCACAUCCUCCGGCACCGAAAGUAGAUAUUGAUUGCAGUACAAAAAGCCAUUGCAGUACAAAGAGACAUUGCAUCUCAAUUGAUAUGAGUGAUCUUCCUACUGAUCCUGGACUGGGAAUUCCAAUUUCAGAUUAUAGCCUGAAUAUUCAAGAUCAAAUUCGAAGACAUUAUUUUCAGCAAGGGCCUUGUCAACCAAAAAUUCAUAAAUUUCUUCCGAAACUUUUUGGAGGCGUGGAGCGUCGGUUCAACAUUGAAUGUUCUCAUUACGAAUGUUACAAGAAAUGUGAAGCCUUGAUGAAUGAAAAACAACAAAUUCAACACAUUUUUGUCAAGAAAAACGACAAAGAUCGAAAAAGUUACCGUGUUCGAUUAACUGCAUCAGUUGACAGUAUUCGAUUUCUUCGACGACAAGGUCUUGCAUUUCGUGGUCAUGAUGAGUCUGAAGAUUCUAAUAAUCAAGGUAACUUUCUUGAACUUCUAAAUUUUUUGGCUGAUCAUAAUGAUGAAGUUAGUGUUGUUGCUUUGAAAAAUGCUCCUGAAAACCUUAGAUUGACUUCCCCAAGGAUUCAGAAAGACAUUGUAAAUGCAUGUGCUAUUGAAACAAUUGAUGUUAUUAUUAAAGACAUGGGAGAUGCUGUAUUUUCUAUUUUAGUUGAUGAAUCUCGUGAUGUAUCUAUAAAGGAGCAAAUGGUUGUAAUGUUUCGUUAUGUGGACAAGAGAGGGUAUGUGAUUGAACGAUUCAUAGGCAUUGAACAUGUUCCAAAUACAACAGCAAUCUCACUAAAAAUAGCAAUUGAUAAGCUAUUUUCAAAGCAUUGGUUGAGCAUAUCUAGACUACGAGGUCAGGGAUAUGAUGGAGCUAGUAACAUGAGUGGAGAAUUCAAUGGUUUGAAGAGUAUUAUCAUGAAGGAGAAUGAAUGUGCUUUUUUUGUUCACUGUUUUGCUCAUCAGCUUCAAUUAGCACUCAUGGGUGUAGCCAAAAAACAUGAUUUAAUAGGUACUUUUCUCACUGUGGUAUCCAAUGUGGUGAAUAUUGUUGGAGCAUCAUCUAAGCGUCGUGACAUUCUUCGAGAAAAACAAGCUCAGAAAGUCAUUGAAGCCUUAAAAAGUGGACAACUUUCAAGUGGAAAAGGCUUAAAUCAAGAAAAUGGGAUUAAGCGUCCAUGUGAUACACGAUGGGGAUCACACUUUGGCACUUUGGUAAGCUUCACUAUCAUGUUUUCAUCUAUCCUUGAUGUACUUGAGGAAAUUACAAAUGAUAGUUUGAAUAGUGACCAAAAAUAUGAAGCAUCUAUUAUGUUACAAGUGGUGCAAUCAUAUGACUUUGUGUUUAGUUUGCAUUUGGUAAAAAAUAUACUUGGAAUCACAAAUGAGUUGUCGCAAGUCUUACAAAAAGGUGAUCAAGAUAUUGUGAAUGCCAUGGAUUUAGUUAAAGUAUGCAAGGAGCAAUUACAAAUAAUGAGAGAUAAUGGAUGGGAUUCCUUAGUAGAAGAAGUUUCUAAGUUUUGUGUGGAAUUCAAUAUCGAUGUUCUAAAUAUGGAUGGAAUGUAUUGUGCUCAAGGAAAAUCACGACGUAGAGCUCCGAAGCUUACAAAUUUUCACUAUUUUCGUAUUGAUUUUUUCAACAGUGUGAUAGAUUUACAACUACAAGAGCUAAAUAGUCGUUUUAAUGAGGCUAACAUUGAGUUGCUACUUUGUGUAGCAUGUUUGUCUCCAAAUAAUUCUUUUGAUGCUUUUGACAAGGAAAAGCUAAUUCGUCUUGCUCAGCUCUAUCCUCAUGAUUUUUCUGCAGUGGAUUUGAGGAUACUUGAAUUUCAACUUCAAACUUAUGUUGAUGAUCUGCGUUCACAUACUGAAUUUUCAGAAUUGAAAGGAAUUGCUGACCUUUCAAAAAUAUUAGUGGAGACAAAUAAACAUGAGGUAUAUCCAUUGGUAUAUUUGCUUAUUAAAUUGGCAUUAACACUCCCAGUUGCAACAGCUUUAGUAGAAAGGGCAUUUUCAGCUAUGAACAUUGUGAAAAAUCAAAUGCGCAACAAAAUGGGAGAUGAAUGGUUGAAUGAUAGCUUGAUUGUGUAUCUUGAAAAAGAUAUAUUCAAUACUAUUGACAAUGAGACUAUUAUUCAUCAUUUUCAAAACAUGAAAACUCGUCGAUGA